UCGGUGUGUGGGUUCGAGAGGAAACCGAUUUCUACGGCUGGGUUUUUUUUAGUAAUUCAUGCCAUUGCUCAUUCUUGGGCUUCAGUUGUUUGUUAGUCCUGGGGUGGGACUUGGGGUGCACGUCAUUGCCUAGACAUGCGUGUCGGGGUUUGCGGAAGCGUGAGUGUAGAUUGGAUUGAAGUGAGUGGUUGCGGAGGUUUGAAUUGAAUUGACUGUUGUUGAUUUUGUGUGUGUGUGAGAGAUUAGGCCUCGGAGCGAGAUCACGGUAGUGUUUCCAGGUGACCAUAAGCUUAGAUGUGACGUCGUGGUGCUUCAUACAUGAAAGUGAGUAUGCAGUGAGUGGGUUGUGUCGUCGAGGUGAUUCGCGAGAGUGGACCUGACAAAGCUACAUUGUGCUUGCGUGAGGUUGCAUUUGUAGAAAGCUCUGUUGGGGUCUUAGUUCUGCUUUGCUAGGGUUUGUACUGGUUAGGCAACCCCCGGAAGUACAUACAUUGCUUGCUGGAGCUAGAGAACAGGCGUGUUGCACAUCGGUGGAACAUUGUAGGGAACCUUGUCGGUUUUGGACAAGCUACGAAUUGCUUUCCUGCGAUCUAGAUCUCGUGGCUACACUGAUACUUCGAAGAAAGUUCGUUGUCAAGUGUGCUUUGAAUGCAAUAUUUAAGACAGAAGCGGCUAUUCGAAUCGAAGAUGUUAAAGUAGAGGAGAUUUGAAGGAGUCGUACUCCUUGACAUUAUGGUACUGUGUUGAUCGGGUUGAUCUAAAGAGGGCCGCAGUACCAUAUUGAAUGCAUUUCAACUUGGGAUUAGGAAUUCCGGAAGAUUGUAGCUAGGUUUCCUUGGAGUUAAAAAAGGACAACAUUCCAUUCUUAAGCUCUUUCUAGUGUAAUUGGAGAGCCUCGACUUUAAUACCCAGUAACCACUUUUUGAUCUCUGCAUCGCACUCAUCAAGUGGCCAGGCCGUUGCAGGUGUUGGGACGGAGUUCGGACAAACGAAUGCAAAAGAAAAUUUUGAAGUGUACAUGAAGGUCGUAAAGAUGGGGACUUCAGCUAAAAUCCGCUCCCACCUGGCGGGGAAACGACCAGCAUCAGAUAUCGGUAAGAAGACGCGGCGAUGGCGGGUGGGCAUGCCCAUAAGAGUUUGGCGGUUAUUACUAACUGUUACUCUCGUUCUCGUUAUUCUUGGCGCUGGCAUUCAAUUGCCUCAAUUUUCCCACGCUAUUGAAACGACCAUGAAGCAGUUUCUAAUGUGGGUACAGAAAGAUGCUGGUGCCUGGGGUCCAAUUAUUUUGGCGUUGGCGUAUGUUCCGUGCUCAGUCUUGGCAAUUCCAGCUUCCAUCCUUACGCUGGGAGGAGGAUAUCUAUUUGGCUUGUGGGUUGGCUUUGUGACGGAUUCCAUUGGCUCGACCUUGGGUGCGACUGCUGCAUUUCUAGUUGGCAGAACGGUCGGAAGGACUUACGUAACCUCGAAGUUAAAGGAUUAUCCACAGUUUCAAGCUGUUGGAAUUGCUGUCCGGAAAUCCGGUUUUAAGAUUGUGCUGUUGCUACGGCUUGUGCCACUUUUUCCUUUCAACGUAUUGAAUUAUCUCCUGUCAGUCACCCCUAUCAGCUCCACAAGCUACAUCCUUGCUACCUGGUUUGGAGUGAUGCCUAUGACACUGGCUUUUGUGUACGCGGGGACAACCAUCAAGGAUAUUGCAGAGAUCAGUCAUGGUGGAGCUCAUUUCAGCCGAGCCCGUGUGAUUAUGCUGGCUGUUGGGUUUGUCGCCACAAUUUUGGUGAUUUUUCUCCUAACUCGAAUAGCCAGGAACGCCCUACGCACUGCCAUCGAAGAAUCAGGCGGUGAGAACGACACUCUAAUCGGUGCUGCAGAAGCCUUCGGUACCACUGACCAUCUGCCUGAGGUUCUGCAACCAUUGAUUAUCAGAAUCGAUUCUUCCGUCAAUAUCACUGACGGGCCGAUAUCACAUAAACCACUUGAUUCAGUCUUAUAAAUGUACAUGUUUAAAUACUUCCUUCCGUUUAGCUGCUUCAUGCAUACUCUCAUGUUUGACCAUGAAUUUGAAGAUAUUGCACAAAGAAGCAAAAAUUCCAAUAGGUAGCAGCGAUUUUAGAACAGAGCGAUUUUAUUGUAGUUCCACAGAUUUGAACUCCGAAUGUUAUUGAAUUCCUUCUGAAAAAACAUGUGUGUUCAAGUCAAUUCAUUUUCACCCACUCAAA